AAUCAAAUGCUCCUAGUGUAAAUUCCACCCAGAUGCAGGGUGUUUGAGCAUCAACGCCACACACUAGGUCAAUAAAAAUACCUCGUGCUCGUCCUAUUCCCAAUUCCUGCUCAUUAGAACACACACGAGACCGACAUCCUCCUGUAGCCUGACAGGAAAUGUAAGUGUCUUUAUUGCUGAGAGUUUGCUGGAUAUCCGGAGCUAGAGAGAUUUCGGUGCUGGUGCUGCUGCUGGUGUUGUGAAACAUGGCCAGCGCGCGGCAGAGCGCGAGCUAUUCUUAGCCUCGUUUUACGUGGUGUGUGUUUUUUCUCACGCCGUUCGGAUCUCCAGGUGUCUGGAUGAAAGUGGCAGGGGAUUUCGAAGGCAGCGUUUUGACUCCUCUCGGGGCCUCUUUGGAUGAACAAAGUGGCACUCCGUCCAGAGGACCAUUGAAGAAUGGCUGUAGCUUUGAAGAUGACCUGUCCCUGGGAGCUGAGGCCAAUCACCUCCAGAAGAGCAGCACAAAAAUGGUGGCCAAUGGCUAUGAAAUCGCAGCCGAGGCAAAAAGGAGCCAGUUCAAGCAGAAGGGCAGAAGUAUGAACUCCACAGGCUCUGGAAAGAGCAGCACCACUGUGUCCAGCGUGUCAGAACUUCUGGACCUGUAUGAGGAGGAUCCAGAGCAGAUCUUGUACAACCUCGGCUUUGGGCGUGAGGAGCCUGACAUCGCCUCAAAAAUCCCUUCUCGUUUCUUCAACUCCUCUUCUGGCGCCAAGGGCAUUGAUAUCAAAGUUUACCUGGGAGCCCAGAUUCAGCGCAUGGAGCUGGAGAACCCAAACUAUGCCCUGACAAGUCGGUUCCGUCAAACAGAAGUUCUGGCCACGGUGGCAAACGUCUUCUCUGAGAUCUACUCCCAAGUGUCUGGAAGACCCAUGGAGAAAAUCGGCAGUUGCGACAUGGAGACUAAACCCCCCACUCCAUUAAAAAGGAAUAAUUCCGCUCUAAAUGUAGCCAAGAUCCUAAAACGGAACAUUACGAAACAGAACCUGUUGGCCUCUGCCAUGGAAGGAGCAGCCAAACAGCUUUCAGCGCCUGACUCUGACAACACAGAAGGUGCAAUCUCUGACGCACGGGCCGGACUCAUGGAUACCGAGCACAAACCACAGCAGAAAGGCUUUAGGAAAAAAGAUUCAUCUCUGGCCACAGUGACUGAAGAGGCCCAGCAAAGUAUCUCAGAGGCUUCAGUCAAUGGAGACCUCCCAGAACCUUUGCUCAAGGACUCUACGUUAAUGAAUGGUGACCACUCCACUGAGACACCAGCUCUGGAUAAACACAUGCCACAUUCCCCCGUCCAGGUGAACAUCAGUCGGGUGUCCGACGAGAGUGACUUCAAGAAACCUGAGAGCCAGGAGACCAUCACUUCCACCCCAGAUAAAGAAGCGUCCAACCUGUUGCCCAACCCACACAUAGCCCACCUGCUCAGCCAGCCCAGAGACUCGUUUGAAAUGGAGGAGUUGCAGAGUAAUGAGGAUGAAGCUCUUCCUGGUCCUGGUGGCAUGUCUCGAGCUGGCAGCGAGAGGUUAUUGAGGACUGCCAGCCAGCAGUCUGACAGCAGCGGGUUUGCUGAGGACCCAUCCACAGACGGUUCGGGUAAUCACCUGAAGGUACAGGAAAGCUCAGAUAGCUGUGACAGCGAAAACACAGUGACAUCACAUGCAGGAGAAGUCAGAACACCCAUAUCAUUGGAGUACCCCAACUUUGAGAGGUUACAGUGUGAGGAAGCCCAUCCUCAGUCCAACAAAGGGACAUUUAGCCAGAGUAGAGCCAACCGAGAAGUCCCUGAGAUCACCAGUCUCCAGAUUCCCAGUUCAGACUCUGACAAUAUUAGCACCAAUGGACCACCCCUUUCUCCUGACUCUGAUAGGGCUUCCAUAGUUGAAUGCAAUUUCACCACAGCACAAAAACCCACCGGAGACUCUCCAGAAGUGGAUUUGAGUACGAUGGUAGAUCCUGCAACAGAUUCCAUCUUGGAUGUAGCUCAUGAAGGCAACCUAUCCCAGCCUGAUUUAGGCAUAGAUCUCGACUCUGAGGAUUUACAUCCAUCCUCCGGACCAGAGUCUUCAGAUCUUCCAGAGUCUUCGGAUCUUAAGCAAUGCCACCCUACAACUCAAAGAAGACAAAUGGCCCUCCAAACAGCCCAUCAAAGGUCAUCCUCUGUGGACGAGGAACGUCCCGGCCGAGUAUGGGUGAGGGACAGGAACUUGCUGAGGGAAAGCUUGGAGAGGAAUCCUUUAAGGAGAUCUAGCUCCCUCCCAACACCUCCGCUCAGCCCAGCUCGAGUGGUCACCUCCAUGCGAAUCCAACUCGGAAAGGGUUCGGUCAAGCAUUGUACCCCACCCUCAUACUCGUACCGCUACGAUGGAGAGAAUCGCAGUGACCGAGAAGAAGGGGAUUCCAUUAUGGAAGAAGAUGAAGUGGAUCAUGAUGGUGGCCAAUCAGUUCUCUUAAAUCCUGCUCCAGCAGGUGGUUUAAAGACAGGCAGGGAAACACCACCACACCUUCUCAAUGUACCCCAGCAUCUGACUCGCUCUUCCAGCUCGCUUUAUAGUGUCCCUGCAGACUGGCUUCAGAAGCCCUUGGGAGAAGGUCCAAACUGGAGCACAAGUAGCGUCCCAAACCUUAGUCAAUUUACAGGUCCGGGCCACCUUCCUCCUCAUGGGGCCUUCUACUCUCCACAUCAAGGAGUGGCCUCCAACUCCUCAUACCCUACCAGACUUCCCCACCACAAUCCCUUCCCACAACCACAGAGCUCACCUCAUCCUCAACCUCUUCAGAGCAAUACAUUUACUCCACCACAGGGGGCGCCAUUUACACCCCAGCACAGUAUGCAUUAUGCUCAUCCUCACAGUGUGCCUUACAGCCCGUUCUACUCACCUUAUCACGUUCCUCAGGGAGCUCCCUACGGCCCCUCGUUGAACAUGCAGGGCAACCUGUAUCAACCUCACGUCCCUCUCGCGCAAUCCCACAGCGCCCCCUACAGUCUGGGCUUCAAUUGUUAUCCUCAUCACUCUGGCGCCGCCUACAGUCAUCCAUAUUAUCCAUCUCCCCCCUUCCCUUACUCAUUUGAGACACCACCUGCCCCAGCACCUGCAAUGGGCAGCACAGAGAUGCAGCUCAGGAGGGUCCUGCAUGACAUUCGUGGGACAAUGCAGAAUCUUGGUCAGAGCUCAUCUGUGCACGGAGGACACACACCCACUGACAGGAUCAGUACACCACGCUCUGUCCAACUGCUUUAUGAGGAGCUCCAGAUGCGGCGCAGGAGUCUGAAUGUCUUCCGGACUCAGAUGAUGGAUCUGGAGCUGGCUCUCAUUAGACAGCAGUCAAUGGUCUUCCAGCAUCUUAGCCCAGACGAGAGGCGGGAUGCAGAACAACUUCAAUCACUGCGGACUGCAGUCAGGCAGGAGCUGCAGGACUUGGAGCUGCAGUUGGAAGAUCGUCUGCUGUCCCUGAAUGAACAGAUGCGCAGCAGCUCGCAGCACAGCAACCUCUACCGACAACACAUGGGCAUGCACAGAGGUCCCAGCAUGGACAGCCUGUCUAAUUCUUCAGCACUGCGGGCCAUGGAGCCGGUGUCGGACCUCCUGAAGGAGCAAUUGUACCUUCAGUCUGAACUGGGAUAUGAUGAUGUCACACCCAGUUCUGGCCGCUCAUCGAGGGCGUCCAGCCCUGGAAGACUCAACCAGACGCUCGAGUCUUGCUUUUCUUCCCCGCAGAGAGGCAGCGUUUAUCGGGCCACCCUUAAUCUCACCCCCACCGUCCCUCCACGGCCUGGAAUGGAGGUUGCUCGGCCCGUUUCUCCAGAGAGGAUGGAGGAGAGCGUGACACCUACUUCAUUGGAGUUGAACAGAGAUGAGGACGAGAUGUCACUGGAUGGUCGCAGGAGCAGGACGACAGAUGUGUGCACUCCCACUGAAUGGAGGAGUAGAGGUGGAGGGAAUGGUGACCUGCAACAUCUCAUACAGGAGAUUAAAGAAAGUAUUGCACAUGAAAUCAGGCAGGAGAUUGUGAACGAGCUUCUGGCUGCUGUGUCACCACAUAGAUCUCCUCUCCCAGCCAGGAAGCCCCCUGUGUAAGAAUCAUAACGGAGAAUGGAGGUGAAGAAGUAAAUCCUGUGAAAUAGUCACAAUGAACACUGGUUAAAGCUCUGCACUGAGAACGGCCCAGCACCUCUCUCUGCUUCGGUCUGUAAAGCCCUUCCAGACUCGAUUGCUUCUGGACUUUAAAGCUGCAGAGAAUCUGCUCGUGCGUUUGAGUCCAGAUUCCACGUUUGCAGUGGUUGAGAUCUUCCACUGUCCGAAUCCACAAAGGGCAUACAGCUUAUUGUGAUAUCCGUCUGGUACAUAUUACUGCAAUGUAAUGAAUCUAUUGGGAUGUAUUCAAGUAUGUGAUGCAGGUCUUAUUGGAUGUUUGCAGCAGUUGAAAAGAUUUGUGGGAGACUAAGGUUUUCUGUGCAAGUGUGUCUUUGUCUAGGACAAAAAUGUCUACUGUAAUCAGACUUGUUUUCUAAUUCAGCCUCUGUGAGGAACUAAACUAACUGUGCAAUACAUUUCACUUUUUUCUCUUAAACUUGAACUUAACAGUCACAACUACUGUUCUGCUCAAAUGCACA